AUGAAGCCACUGGCUCUGUUCCAGCAACCAGAAAUACCAAGUUCACCAAUUCUAGCAGCCCCAAGUGUAGUUGUCAACGCAGCGGAUUUUGGUCGAGAUCUCCCCAUCCAAGCUGUAUAUUAUGGCUGUAUCGAUGACUUCAAGAUUGGAACCACCAUCCUCCACUAUCACUCUCUUGAUGCAGUAGGUUCCACUCUCAAUCUAGAGUUCUUUUCUUCGAAGAGAAAGGAAAGAUCGAGAAUAGUCGAGUACAAGAGGGCGAAAGAGCAUCGAGUAGAUGACCACGAUGGCGAAGAAGAACAUGCCGAGUCUUUCUCUAUCUCACUUUGUUGGGGUAUUUGUUUUUCUCUCUGCUUCUUUGUUUCAAAAUCUGUAUUGGGUGUGAAACAUGAGCUGCGUUUUGGUAAAAAUGGAGAGUUCAAGAUACUGCAAGUGGCAGAUAUGCACUUUGCAGAUGGCAAGACCACGUCUUGCCUUGAUGUGUUCCCAGAUCAGAUGCCUACUUGCUCUGACCUCAACACUACUGCCUUUGUUGAGCGCAUGAUUAAAGCGGAGAAGCCCGAUUUUAUUGUUUUCACUGGUACUCUUCCUCCUGCUCUCCUGAUGGAAGUAUUAUUUGCACUGUGGGCAAUAGGGGAUAAUAUCUACGGCUUUGAUGCUAAGGAUGCUGCAAAAUCACUGAAUGCUGCAUUUCAGCCUGCAAUUGCAUCAAACAUCCCAUGGGCUGCUGUUUUGGGGAACCAUGAUCAAGAAUCUACUUUGUCAAGGGAGGGGGUCAUGAAACAUAUUGUUGGCCUUAAGAAUACUCUGUCUCAAGUCAAUCCUGCGGAUGCACAUAUUAUUGAUGGUUUUGGGAACUAUAACCUGGAGAUUGGAGGAGUUAAAAGUUCACGCUUUGAAAAUAAAUCAGCUCUUAAUCUUUAUUUUCUUGAUAGUGGAGACUAUUCCACUGUUCCGGCAAUCCCUGGCUAUGGUUGGAUCAAGCCCUCUCAGCAGCUUUGGUUCCAGCGCACUUCUGCAAAGCUUCGGACAGCAUACAUGAGACAGCCAGGAGCUCAGAAAGGAUCUGCACCUGGGCUGGUGUACUUUCACAUCCCAUUGCCUGAAUUUGUAAGUUUCGAUUCAUCGAACUUCACAGGGAUGAGACAAGAAGGCAUUAGCUCGGCUUCUGUGAACUCGGGCUUCUUUACAACCAUGGUAGAAGCUGGGGAUGCGAAAGCUGUUUUCACAGGACAUGAUCAUCUCAAUGACUUUUGUGGCGAGCUUACUGGUAUAAAACUUUGUUAUGCUGGAGGUUUUGGAUACCAUGCCUAUGGGAAGGCAGGAUGGUCAAGGAGGGCAAGGGUGGUGGUAGCAUCUUUGGAAAAGACAGAGAAAGGAGGUUGGGGAGCUGUCAAAUCUAUCAAAACAUGGAAGCGCCUUGAUGAUGAACACCUUACUGCUAUAGAUGGUCAGGUCCUUUGGAGUAAGAAAAGUGCAGGCAAGUUCUUGAUGAAUAACCCUUAA